UGUUCGACCUAUGUCACAAUUAUGAGAAAUACAUUUGUAAAAAAAAAAAGUCUUGACCAUGAGUGACUUGGGAGCUCAUUUGGAGGGUUGCUCGCGAAUUUCUGUUAAAUCCCAAAUUCGUCCCAUCAUAAAGUGGGUCUUCCCCGCCUGUCAAUCAAGGCCGACUCCUGCUCCGCGAUUGGUCCGUCUCCUCGUGGGGUGGGCGGGGCCUCCAGAGCCACAUGGAGCCCCUUUGAGUUUUCUCCCAGUCUUGUGUUCUCCCCCCCGCCCCCGUUUUCACUCCAAUCCAGCCUCCAUCCGGCACUGGACACACUCGGCACCCCUCCGCGUUGGAUGUCUCAGAUUUGUCUAUUUUCGGUCAUUAAGAGACUUUUAUUACUCAAAGAGAGUCAUUCCGUUGAACAGGUUUUGUUUCAUGGAGAAGAGGAUGGAGUUGUUUUGCAAUUUAAGGUCGGUUUAGGUGUUAAAUUAAGGAAGUUUGACUCAUUUCUUUCUUUUUUUUUUUUUUUUUUGGACGGGGGUGUAAAAUUUGGAGUAUAAAAAAAAGGACUACGGGGUUCUUGUUUUUGUGUUUCUUUAAUGGAAAAUGGGGGGGAAAGAACUCUCCCCGUACUUUCUCGUCGUCAUCUUCCUCUUCGUCCACCUGCUGCCAAGUUCCGCUCGUCGCUCUCACUACUCCGGACGAAUCCCGGAGAACUCCCCGGCCGGGACGCCCGUGGACGGCGUUGCCGUGCCGGUGGUAACCGACGUCUGCCCCGGUAGUGCGGCCGCGCUGAAAGGGAGCUACGCGUCCGAUUUCCGGCUCGUUCGCCUCCACGGACGCCGGCGGCACCUGGUCCUGGUGUCAGCCAAACGUCUGGACCGGGAGUUCAUUGCCAUGUACGAGCUGAGCGUGGAGCGGUGCGCGGGGGCACCGGUCCUCAUCCAGGUGGAGGUGACGGACGUCAACGACAACGCGCCGCGCUUCACCGGCGGUAACCGAACCCUGGAGGCGGACGAGUUCACCCCGCUCGGUGCGGAGUUGACCCGGUUGGACGCCAAGGACGGAGACGCGGAUGUAAACGGACGCGUCACUUUUUACGCACAGCCCGAGUCCAGCUUGCUCCGCGUGGACCCCGAAAGCGGGCAGGUGACGCUGGCGGGCUCCCUCCGCGGGCUGAGCCGAGUCACAGCCCGGCUUUACGUCAAGGACGGCGGGGACCGGCCUCGGGUCGGCGGGCCGGUCUUCCUGGAGGUCCUUGUGCGCCGGUCGCCCAAGCGGAGGUCGCGCGCCCUGGCCGAGGAGGUUUCGUACGCCGUGAGUGUGCCGAAUGAAGCCCGCGUCGGGGACCUGGUGUUCACGGUGCCGGACCGGAGGUUCGAGCAGCGGUGGUUCGAGGUGAGCGCCGACGCCGACUCGCCGGUGCAGAUCGAGAGGGACUCGGGGAGAGUGUUCCUCGCGCGCAGCCUGCAGGAGCCCGUGGAGGUGACGGUCAAGAUCCACAAACACAGAAGUGACGAGUGGUACCUGUGCCGGUUGACCCUGAGCUCCCUCAGUCAGGGCCAACUGCAGUGGACCAUGUUCCCGGCCCCCUUCCUGGCAGCCGUGGGUCCCGACGCUGCCCCCGGGUCCGUGAUCUACCGCCUGUCGUCGCGGCAACGCGACGGCACGCUCGGACAACCGCAGUUCCUCCUGUUAGACGGUGGCGAGGACUGCUUCGAGGUGGACCGGCGUUCCGGCGAUGUCAGGACCACGGGGCGCCCCCUGACCCCCAGCCACGAGUACCACCUGCGGGUCCAGGCCGUGGACGCGGACGGGCGCAAAGGUCCGCCGGCCACCGUGUCGGUUCUCGCCGGCUACCGCCCGCCGCAGUUCACUAACGCCACCUACGAGCUCAGCGUGCCCGAGAACGUGGCCGUGGGACAGCCCGUGGGCGCGGUCCAGGCCGUGUCCUUCCAGGGGAAGACGCUGGCCUACAUGCUGCAGUCGAACUCCGGCAACCUGUUCAACGUCAACCAGGAGAGCGGCGCCCUCAGCCUCACUCGCGCCGUGGACUACGAGAGCGGACACAACGUGCACACGCUGCAGGUUCGGGCGUCCGAGCCCGACACCGGCCUCAGCGGCGUGAGCGAGGUUGUUGUCUACAUAACAGACGAAAAUGACUGCACCCCGGAGUUCCUGCACUCCAUUUACACCCGGGACAACGUUCCUGAGAAUGUCACACCUGGAACGUCGCUGCUACAAGUUGUGGCCCGAGACUGUGACUCCGGCAUCAACUCCGAGCUCUCCUACUCGGUCCACGGCGGCGACUUUGACAUCACGUCCGCAGGCGUGGUCAGCGCCGCCCGCCGCCUGGACUACGAGCGACCCAAUCACGUCUAUGAGUUCCUGGUGGUCGCCAUGGAUGCAGGGACACCUCCCCGUACCGGCACCGCCUCCAUACGCAUCCGGGUGGCCAACACCAACGACGAGACGCCCGUUUUCUCGCAGAGCGUAUACAAAACAUUCCUGAGUGAGGACGCGGGACCAGACACCCUGGUCGCCAUCGUCCACGCCAAGGACCCCGACGGCGAUGGCGUCUCGUACGCCAUCACCGGCGGCAACGAGGACAGCAACUUCUUGUUGGACAAUCAGAAAGGCAUCAUUAAGCUCCGACGGAGCCCCCCGCCUAGACUGAAGGGUCCUCAGUACGUCCUCACAAUCACGGCCACGGACGACAACGCAUCCGGCGGUCCGUACCCUCUCAGCAGCUCGGCGCAGGUCAUCGUCGGAAUCAACGACAUCAACAACAACAAGCCCGUCUUUCAGGAGUGUCACAACUACAGUCUGAAGGCGACUAUUCUGGAAAACCAGCCCCACGGAACCUUUGUGCUGAAGGUCCAGGCCCAGGAUGCCGACAUCGGGGUGAACGGAGAAGUCAAGUACGGCAUCAUGCACAGGGACGGGGUGUCAUCUGGUUUUGACAUCCAUCCCGACACCGGCGUGAUAACAUCGGCGGUGAGUUUCGACCGCGAGCGUCAGCGUGAGUUCACGCUGUCGGUGACGGCCACCGACCAAGCGGAGGAGCCGCUCAUCGGCAUCUGCCAGAUCACAGUCCUCGUCGCGGACCAGAACGACAACGACCCCAAGUUCGAGAACAGCCGGUACCAGUUCAGCAAGAAGUCUGCAGGAUUUCCAUUAAUGUCCAAAUGUCAGUUUUUGGCUUCGGACUUUCUGCGAGAGGACACGGCCGUCGGGACCAGCUUCCUGCGGGCGGCGGCGCACGACGACGACCAGGGCAGCAACGCGGCCAUCACGUACUCGCUGUCCCCGCAGAGUCCGGCUUACCUCCACAUCAACCCCAGCACGGGAUGGAUUUACGUCAACCAGCCCAUCUCGCAGACGUCCAAGAUCAGCCAGCAGAUCGUGGCGUCAGACGGCGGCAACCGCAGCAGCUCGGUGGAGCUCACCGUCAUCAUCACAAACGUCCACAACCAGCCGCCGCAUUGGGAGCAGCCCGAGUACUGGGUCACCGUGCCCGAGGACACCGUCAGGGACGCCAAGAUCCUGACUGUGAAGGCCACGUCAGCCCUGGGUGACCCGCGGGUCACCUACAACCUGGAGGAGGGUCAGGUGCCCGAGACCAACAUGCCCGUGCGCUUCUACAUCAAACCCAACCGGGCGGGUGGCUCGGCGUCCAUCCUGGUGGCCGAGAACCUGGAUUACGAGACCACGCGCUUCUUCGCCCUCAGGGUCCGAGUACAGAAUGUUGCCGCCGUGCCGCUCGCCUCCUUCGCCACCGUCUACGUCAACGUCACAGACGUGAACGACAACGUUCCUUUUUUUCUGUCGUCCACGUACGAGGCCACGGUUCCCGAGGGGGCCGAGGCGGGCACGUCGGUGGCUCAGGUGUCGGCCGUCGACUUGGACUCAGGUCUUCACGGCAUGGUCCACUACGCCAUCUUGAAGGACGAGAGUGGAGACUCCGGGUUGUUCAGCAUUGACCCAAUGAGCGGCACCAUCACCACGCGGGCCUCCUUCGACCGAGAACAGAAAGCCUCUUACCUCAUCGAGGUCCAGUCGCAGGACGGUUCUGAAUCAGCGAGAGCGGGACAGCAGGGACAGCCCAACACAGACACGGCCUACGUCAGGAUCUUCGUGGCCGACGUGAACGACAACGCGCCGACGUUCCCGUACUCUGUUUACGAGGUGAGCGUGGAGGAGGACAAGGAUGUGGGCUUUGUCAUCAUCACCGUCACCGCCAACGACCACGACGAAGGUGCCAACGCCAAGCUGCGCUACCAGAUCGCGGCGGGCAACGCCAUGGGCACCUUCGACGUGGAGCCCGAGGUGGGGACCAUAUUCGUGGCCCAGCCGCUGGACUACGAGAUGGAGCAGCACUUCGAGCUGCGGCUGGUGGCCUCGGACGGCAAGUGGGAGAACGAGACGCUGGUGGCGGUGCGCGUGGUCAACCGCAACGACGAGGCGCCCGUCUUCAGCCUCGGCGAGUACCACGCCGUCGUUCAGGAGGAGCUCACGGAGCUCCCCGUGUUCAUCAUGGAGGUUUCCGCCACUGAUCCAGACCAAGACGCUGACCAGACCGCCCUGCGCUACUCCCUCCACGGACAGGGUGCGGGGGGUGAGUUCACCAUCAAUGAGCGCACCGGGAGAAUUUACGCCCAACGGCGUCUCGACCGGGAGGAGCGUCCGGCCUGGAGGUUCUUGGUCUUGGCCACGGACGAGGGAGGGUCAGGACUCACGGGAUUCGCCGACGUUCUUUUGGAGGUCCGCGACGUCAACGACAACGCGCCCUUCUUCCCGUGCCCGGCGCUGGAAGUAGAUGGCUGUUUCUUGGGCCAGGUAGCUGAGAACUCCCCCGCAGACACCUCUGUCAUGGAAAUGCGAGCUAUGGACCUCGAUGAUGCCAACGAGGGCAAGAAUGCAGCGCUGAGCUACAGCAUCGUCAAGAACGUCCGCAAUGAGAUCAACCUCAACCUGUUCUCCAUCAACGCCACCACGGGGACUAUCUACACCGUUCUGCGCUCCCUCGAUCGUGAGGCGGAGGAGCGCUACCUGGUGGUGGUGGAGGCUCGGGAUGGAGGUGGUUUGGCCGGGACCGGGACCGCGACCAUCCUGGUUUUGGAUGUCAAUGACCACCCGCCCAUCUUCUCCCAGAGGGUCUACACUGCCCAGGUAACUGAAGACCUGGAGGUGAACAGCGAGGUUCUCGUGGUGUCCGCCACCGACGGAGACCAGGAUGAGAACGCAAUGGUGACCUUCAGCAUUGUGAGCGGUGAUGAGGACAGGAAGUUUUUAGUGGAGACCGACAAGUUGAACCGACGCGGUGUGAUCAAGCUGAAGAAGAAGGUGGACUUCGAGAAACCCCAGGAGAGGACUUUCAACCUGACUCUGAAAGCAGAGGACGCAGAUUUCUUCAGCUUGGCAUACUGUCUGGUGGAAGUGCAGGACUCCAAUGACCAUGCUCCAGUCUUCUUGCCGCAGUUCUACGAGUCGCCAGCCAUGUCCGAGGACGUUCCCGUGGGCACCAUUGUUGUCCAGGUGAUGGCUACCGAUCUAGACUCCGGACAAAAUGGACGUUUUUCGUACAGCAUUGCCAAAGAGUCGGACCCCUACAAUCAGUUCCUGGUGGACCAGUCCGGUUGGGUGGUGGUGGCUAACUCCUUAGAUCGGGAGAAAAUCUCUCAGCACCGGGUCGUGGUCCUCGCUUCCGACGCUGGCAACCCGAGCCUGACUGGCACAGCCAUCAUCAUGGUAACCGUGCUGGACGUCAACGACAACGGUCCGGAGUUCGAGGGACGCUACCGGCCGGUGGUGUGGGAGAACACGCCAGCCCCGCAGGCAGUGUGGAUGAAUGCAAGCUCACGACUGCUGCAUGCUACCGACUGUGACCUCUCAUCCAACGGCGGACCCUUUUCCAUACGGCUCCUCACGCUUACUGCGGACGCCGCCAAUUUCAACCUGACCGACUUCCGCAAUGGCAGCGCAGCUAUCACUGCCCUGCGGACGUUUGACCGCGAGCGCCAGAAGGAAUACCGACUCCCCAUCCUCAUGAUUGACAGCGGCUCGCCCGCCAUGAGCUCCACCAGCACGCUGACGGUGAUCAUCGGAGACCGCAACGACCACCCCCACUUGCCAGGACACGCCAACUUUAUUGUGUACACUUACGAAGGUAAUCUGCCACCGACAGUGCUGGGUCAAAUACCGUCCCCGGACCUCGACGACUGGAGCGAGAAGUCGUAUCGAUUUGAAGGCAAACCAUCAAGGUUGUUCAGCGUGAAUCAUAGUUCGGGCCAGCUGAGUAUCAGGGAGGGCGUCCCGUCCGGCUCGUACCAGCUGCAGGUGCGCGUGUCCGAUCCCGCCUGGCCAGACGUCACGUCCACGGCGCACGUGGAAGUGGUGGAGCUGCCGCGGGAAGCGCUCCGGAACGCCGCCUCCCUCCGAAUAUGCAACGUGACAGUAGACGAGUUGUUCUCGUCCAGAGGCGGCGAGGAGAGCCGCUACUCCCGUUUGCGUCGGACGCUGGCCGAACUCCUGCAGACGGCGCCAGAAAAGGUCCACGUCUUCUCGGUGCGGGACGCCGGCCCGGAGCGGACGAAGGAGCUGAGCGUGUGGUUCGCCGCGCACGCUUCGGCCUACUACAAGGCCGAAAAGCUGCACGGCUACGUGGCGGCAAGUAAAGCAAAGCUGGAAUCCGUGCUCGGCACGUCCAUCUGCCAGGUUGGCGUGGACGACUGCCCCCACGCAGACUGCGCCCGCUCCGGGGGCUGCUCCACCCAAGUGUCGUUCGCCCAGACCCCGGCGGGCCUCAGCGCGGGCGACGUGUCUUUGGUGUCCCUGCGGGCCAAGACCGCGGCGCGGUGCGGCUGCCGCGGACGCGAGGCCGCGCACCCGGCUUGCUCGGCUUACCCCGGAAACCCCUGCCUCAACGGGGGCACCUGCGAGGACGGACCGCUGGGGUACAGGUGCAAGUGUCCGCCCAUGUUGGACGGGCCAGAGUGCCAGCAGACCAAGCACAGUUUCGGGGGUGGGGGCUACGCGUGGUUCCCCCCCUUAGCGCCGUGCUUCCAGAGCCACAUCUCCGUAGAGUUCCUGACGGCGGAGCCCGACGGGCUGCUGCUCUACAACGGGCCGCUCGGACCUGCCCCCCAGCCGGGAGAGCCCCAAGAUUUCAUUUCUAUCGAGUUGAAGAGAGGCGUCCCGGUCGUCAACGUCAACCACGGCUCCGGAACCUUGACCCUGCAGCUGCCGCCCAAAUCCAACGUUGCGGACCAUCGCUGGCACCGACUCGAUGUCUUCAGCGACGGCAAGGCUGUGGAGCUGGUCCUGGAUCAGUGCUCGGGGGCGGCGGUCAACGAGCCGCAGGGGGUCGGUGAGGGAGACCCCCGGGAGACGGACGAGUCAAGCUGCAGGGUUGCGGGACAAACGCCAGGAAACGAGAGGUACCUGAAUGUGUAUCAGCCGCUCCAGCUGGGCGGCGUCAAGCAGACGUCCCCUCGGCCGCGUUACCCGAGUUUCCGCGGCUGCAUCCGGAACCUGGCGGCGGACACGCAGGUGUACGACCUGGAGCAGCCCGGCGAGAGCGUGGACAGCACCCCGGGGUGCCGGGCCACGGACGGCGUGUGCGUGACGGCCGGCGGGCCCUCCUGCGGGGCUCGCGCCGCCUGCCUCGCCGACUGGGGCGCUUUCAGCUGCGAGUGCCACCCCGGCCACGGCGGGCACAAGUGCGACGCAGUGGUUCCGGAGUUCUCUUUGGAUUCCAACAGCGUGCUGAGGUUCCACCUCCGAGGAGGGGGCAGCCCCAACCGGCGCACCGACGUCCAGCUGCUCCUGCGCACCCGCGCCACGUCGGGGACUUUGCUGUCCGUGACGUCUCGGGACGCCGACGAGUACAUUGUGUUGGAGAUCGCGGAGGGCCACAUCUCGGUCAGGGCCAACCUGGGCGACGGGGCCCACGCCCUUCGGCUUCCGGGUCAGCGAGUGGACGUGGGCCAGUGGGUGCUGGUGGGCCUCAGUCGCCACGACAACCUGUUCGCCCUGCGACUGGAGCAGGGCGGCGGCUCGCGGGAGGCCCGCGCCCGGCUGGGUACCCGGCGGGAGCUGGUGGUGGACCCCAGGAGCCUCACGGUGGGGAGGGGGCCCAACGGGGGCGACGACGGAGACUUUCAGGGUUGCCUGCGGGACGUUCGUUUCAACGGCCGGGCGCUCCCUCUGGACGGGUGGAGCGGCGGCGAGCUGGUGAGCGUGCUGGAGAGGCGCGGCGUCACGUUGGGCUGCUUCAGCGACGCCUGCCGGGCGCAACCCUGCGCCGAGCCGCUGCGUUGCGUCGACCUGUGGAGGAAACACCAGUGCAGGUGCCCCGGCGGUCAGGUGACGCUGAUGGACGAGUCGGGCUCGGAGCGCUGCGUGCCGUCGCCGUGCGGUCCCGCGUCGUGCCGUAACGCCGGCGUGUGCCAGCCGCUGUCGGCCGACAGCUUCCGGUGCCGCUGCCACGAGGGUUUCCGCGGGCAGCGCUGCGAGCUGGGCCAGUACCGGGGCCACCGGCUGGCCGCCCUCAGCCCCAGCUCCAUCCUGGCCAUCAGCAUGUGCCUCCUCGUUUUCUUCGCCGUGCUGGUGGCGGUGACGGUGUGGAACCAGAAAGGAAGCCGCAACAAGUUUCGCAAGCGAGGCGUUUACCACAUCCCGGCCGAGCACGAGAGCUGGGAGGACAUCCGGGAAAACAUCCUCAACUACAACGAGGAGGGCGGCGGCGAGCAGGAUCAGAAAGGCUACGACAUGACGGAGCUGAAGCGUCCUCUGUGCUCCAGCCUGUCUCAGUCGUCUUCGUGCACGACGGCCCCGCUCAUCAAAUCGUCUCCGGGCUCGCAGGAGGAGGUGCGCCCCCCCUGCCCUGCCGGCCCCUCCUGCGCCCCCUACCUCAGCGUCCCGCAGCCGCACCUGCGCGCGCACCCCCACCCUCCUCCUCCUCCGCCGCCGCCGCCGCCGUCGUCGUCGCGCUCCCACGUGGACUUCAAGAGCUACGUGUCUCGCAUCGUGUGGGAGGCGGACCACGACGUCGACGCGAUGCCGCGGGACGUCUUCCGCGUGUGGCGGGAGGAAGGAUCCGGAACCCCGGCGGGGAGUCUCAGCUCGCUGGGCUACGACGGCGAGGAAGAGGACGACGGCGAGGAGACGGCGUACGAGCGACUCUCGCGCUGGGGGCCCAAAUUCCAGACGCUGAGCGACAUGUACGACCGCCCGCAGGUGGCGCUCUCGUACGUCCAUGACUUAAAACGGCCUCCGAGCCACUAGGGGGAGCCACCUCGCGUCCUCGACCUUCCGUUACUUUUCCACAAAACAGGUUGGAUUACAAAAUGGACGCCGUCGGCCAUCUUUGAAGAGGACAGAGUGAAGUUGUUCAACAUAGCGGUAACAAUCAUUUCACGAUUUGGAUGCCUCGUGCUCCUUCACACUUCAAGUUCCCGGAACCUUUUAGUUCUUGGUACUUGGAAUUAUCCGGAUGAAGGAAAAACUGUACUGCAGACUCAACUCCAAAAGUUCCUGGUCUUCUGAAAAGUACUGCAUCGUUUUGUUGAAUUGCCACCUAAAGUUUUUGAAUUUUUUAAAAUCUUGUUAAGUGUAGUUGUUGGGACUAAAAAUCUGAUAUUUUUUAUUAUUCCAAACAGAGUCAUGUGGUCCUCUCGAAGGUGCCCCUCCCCCCUCUGAAAUCCACCUAAACCUCCUGGGGUUUUCCUCUUUUUUUGGUACUUGUAAUCUCGUUUAUGUUCAGUGCUUCAGAUCCCACCCAAACCCCAAAUUUGCACGUUUUCACCCAGGAGUAUUUUAAUCAGUACCACAUUCAAGAGCUCCACCUUGCUAAAAAAAAAAAAAAAUCAAUAGAACAUUUCUACAGAAUUUUUAAAGAACUAUAGAGAACUUUAGAUCCCAAGUCCUCACCUGAAAGUUUUCUUUUUAUUAUUUUUUUUUUUUAGGAACGUAAAGUUCCUGUAACUAAUUUACUACCUUGUGAGUGAGGUCUUUUUUUUUUUUGUUUUUGGAGCUGAUAAAUUCUCCUGAAGCUAAAUUUGAAAAUAUUGUAGUUCCUGGGGUCCAAACAUUUCCGCGGUCAGGUGAUUUUAUUUGCAUUUUUUUUUUCCAAAAUGAAUAAAAAUGUAGUUAGUCCUCAGCUGCCUUAGGAAUGUACUUUUAUCUUGGGACUUUUUUGGAAAAAAAAAAAAAAAGAAAAGCAAAGGGAGAACAAUCACUCGUCCUCACUUGAUGGGGAGUGACACUCAAUCUUUCCCCGCCCACGUUCAAAAAUGAAAUUAUUUUCAUCCGGAUGACUGAAGAAGACGAAUCCAAUGGAAAAAGACGAUUCCGGUUUCCAUGGAGAUGAUUUUGGCUGUAAACGUUUUCAGUUCCCAGUCGAGUUUAAAGCUAAAAUCCUUUCCUGUGCACCUCAAGUGUGAGUGUUUCUGCUUCUUUUUCAGUCAUUUAGAAAACUUGCGUGAUUGUUUCUUUCUUUGAAUUGUACGAUACGGUGUAAAUAUGGACAUGGUGUAACGACCUGACACGGAAUAUUUCCUUUUUGUACGUGAAUUUUAAUAAAGAAAAAUGGC